UUUAUCACCCCAUGGUCACCUGAAAUGUGACGCUCUUAAACCUUUUUCCACAGUGUAACGAGAAUAUCUGAGGCAGAGGUUCCGCUCCUCCACCUGAUAUAGUCGACUCCGAAUAUUUGGACGCUUUUCUUUUUUUUUUUAAACCUUUACAGCUUGUGCAGGUCCUGCCAUGGUGAGGCGUGGCAGAGAUGACUGAUGUGGAGGCUUCCUUUGAGGACUUCAUCGCUUCUCGACGGUCCGGCCGCAGGAACGCCAUCCACGACAUCCCGGCAGCCUCCGGGGCGCCGGGAACCGCAGACCUGUCGGCGAGCGUGGCGCAGGUCAACAUCAACAAACCAGCUGAUGAAGGUGAAGAAGACGCUGAGAAAACAAAGUCUUCUUCGUCAAAAGAUGACAGCCGGUGAGGACGCAGCUGGUCGGCGAAAGGGCUGCGGAAGUUUCUAAAACUUACAACGGCGCCCGUGAGCGCAGACAAGUUGUGCUUUAUGGCUAUGAACAGACUCCAAACCAUCUCCUGCCAUAAACACGUCAUCUCCAUGGCACCCGGUAUCAUCAUCAUUUUGCAUUGAGGCAUGAUCCAAUGUCCUUAAAGGGCCUCAUUCCCGAGCUCACCAUUCCUUGAGAGGCCAAACACGCUCAGUGGACGUGAAAGGGAAGGUGAGAACGGCCUGGGGCCAUCACAGGCCUACUGGGGAAGGCCUUAAAGCCCAUCCAGGAUUGACAAAUCCUGCCCCCCUUAAGCACUACACCACUGCACCUUUGAGGAUUCCAAGGUUGUGAUUAGGUUUUACCACGUUUCUCCUCUGUUCUUUUGGAGAAACCCCAGAACUGACUAAUUGCCCCCCCCCCCCCCCCUGCAUUUUGUUGCCAGAGCACAUUAUCUAGUCCGGCUCUUUAUCUUAAAUUCAUUUUCAGUAUUAUAUUUUUAAAUGAUGUUAAUUGUAGCUUUUAGUACAUUCAUAGGUUCCCCACUGUAUCGGGAUAAAUCCAAAAUGACACACUGCCAUUUAGCAUUUAUUUACAAAUUAAUCUUAAAUAUGAUACAGUUGUAAGAAUGAUGUGGAAUACUGACUGCAUGCAAGUUCACUAGUCUACUAUCGUGUCUUAUCUGCACAUAUUCUAUCCAAUGUUUGUGUUAAAGAUUAGUAUUAAUUGUUCAGUUUCUCAGCAGAAAUAACUGCCCUAGGAUGUACUGUAGCUAAAUUCUCCAAAAAUGUUUACUAAUACACGGUGCACAUACAAUACUUUUCUGUGUUGAAUUUAUGCUUGGCAACAUUUUAAAGAAAUAAAUGGAUUUUCGUAUUCAGUCUAAAUUAAACAGCACAAAGAUGUGAAGACUAGUUUACGACCAGGUUCUAUUUUGCAUAUUGGUAUUUGUUUUUAUUUUUAUGGACGUUUACCAUCUAAAACAUUUUUUUUUCUAUAAUUUGGACGAUCAAAUAAAGCUGAUUGAAACAAUGAA